AUGGAGGUGAAACACGACCGGUUGCCAGAGGAGAGCUUGGACCACCUGAAGCUCAAACCCAGACCCCUGGAGCCUGCUCAGCACCCCAGCAGAGUGGGUGCUAACCUGUGCAGUCCUGCCAAAAAGAAGGACUAUACCGUGUCUGUCUAUAUCAAAAAUAAAUCCAAAAGCGAGCACUCACAGCAGAAGUGUAUUGUGGCCUUCGCCCUGGUGUGCUGCUUUGCCAUCUCUGUGGCACUGAUAUUUUCAGCUGUUGACAUUCCAGGUGGCAGCAAUGAUCUAGAAGAUAUGAUGUGCAAUAAAAAUUGCCGUAUUUACCUUGUAGAAACCAUCCCAGAAGAGCUGACCUUUACCGACAACAGUACAGAACACACCUCACUGUUCCAGGGCUGGAUGGAUUUGCUGGAUGCAGCACAAAAGAGUGUGGAUAUUGUCUCCUCCUAUUGGGCACUGAAAGACAGUGAGGAGGAGCAGGGUCAAAGAGUAUAUCAGAAGCUGUUGGACAUCCAAGCUCGUGGCAUUGGAUUGCAAGUGGCAGUUAAUAAGUUUCAAGCAUUUGGGGACAAAGAUACAAAUCAUCUGAAAGCAAAUGGUGCUAAGGUGAAGUAUAUAGACAUGGCUCCCAUUAUCGGCGGCAAACUUCAGUCUUCCUUCUGGGUGGUGGACAAGAAGCACAUUUACAUUGGCAGUGCCCACAUGGACUGGCGCUCCCUGGUUCAGAUGAAAGAACUUGGUGUCAUUAUCUACAACUGCAGCUGCCUAGCUCUGGAUUUGCACAAAGUGUUUUCUGUCUACUGGCAGCUGCAAUACAAGGACUCAGUACCUGAAAAUUGGUCGAAGAAAGUAUUUGCUUUGAUCAAUGAGAAUUCAACUCUUCAGUUACAGCUGAAUGAUACUGAAGCCAAUGUCUACUUGUCAAGCUCUCCUGCAUCGUUAUGCCCCAAAGGCCGCACAAAAGAUAUUGACGCUGUUCUCAGGAUUAUUGCCAAUGCGCAGACGUUUAUAUACGUAGCUGUCACCGAUUUUCUGCCUCUUGUCAACCGCACAAACAUGCAGAGGUACUGGCCUCUGCUGGACAACGGGCUGCGGGAAGCCCUGUUUUUACGGAACGUGAAAGUCCGCCUGUUAAUCAGCUGCUGGAAGGAGACCUAUAGGCCAACUCUUAACUUUUUGUGGUCCCUGAAAACGUUUUGCAGUGAGCCCAUCAACUGCAGCUUUGAUGCGAAAUAUUUUGUAGUCCCGGGUUGCAAAGAAAAUGGAGAGGUCUCGUUUUCUCGAGUCAAUCGCAACAAAUAUAUGGUGACAGACAAGACUGCAUAUCUCAGUACAUCUGACUGGGUUGGGAAUGACUUCAUGCACCAUACAGGAGUCGGCCUAAUCAUCCAGCAGAAACCUGGCAGCAGUGGCAGGAAUAUGUCAUUGUUUCACAGGGAGCUAAAAGCCGUGUUUGAAAGGGACUGGAACUCAGAUAUGCCAAAAACCUGGAAAUAAAUACCUUGCCGGACUGCUUGCAACAUAGAUCAAACCAGCACGUAACAUCUUCAUUUACUGGGGGGGUGCCGUAGGGGUGAAAGCAGCACCGUUUAGAAGUGGGGAGGAUCUGGAGCAGAAUUGACUUAGUGUAGGUCUGUGUGUAUAGCAAAUAACCUGUCUGAUCAAUUUGAGGCAUAAUUAAAACUGCUGGUAUCCUAAUGAUAUGAUAAAGCACAGAAGAAUCUUUUAACAAUCUUACAUUUAUACACUGUUCCCCCAAGCCUGUCCCUCAGGAAGAUUGAAUAUUUUAAUAGAGGUCAUAAAGCAUGACUACUCAGUAUCUUGAACCCCCAGGAAAGCCCCACAUGUCUUUUGAAAGUAAAUUUGCUUUCUUACUUGAAAAAGAACAACAUUAAAGGGUACUGGAAGUGAGAGUUAAAUUAUAUCGGCUAAUGUGAAGAAAACGCCUGGUCAGGCUCAUUGGCUUGUUUCUAUGCUUUAACACUCCACAAUUUCAACCAAGCAGCUGAAGUUGAUCAGAUUAAAGCUCCAUCUCUAUAUUUGUUUUCCAAUUUGAGUUCUCUUGGUUUUGGUUCACCUUGUGCUCACUGGUGUCCACAAGUUGAUCCACUUGCGAUCCUGAGUGUCUCACCAAUGACUGCAUGUCUGAUUUCCUCAGUGUCUGCUUCACACUCCCCCCACAGUGAACUAACUGAGACUGCAGUUUGGGUAAUUGGUCACAGAACUGUGUCUUCAUGUUUCCAUCCACUGCUCUGCUGUAAUGUUUCAUAAUAUGUUCCUUGUGCAGUAACUACCAUGUUUCAUAAUGCAUUUCAUGUGAAAAAUAUCAUAAUAUUUCCUAAUGCAUUCCUUGAGACAAUAAUCACAAUGAUUUGUGAUGUGUUGCUUGUGAUAAAUAUCAUGUUUCAUAGCGUGUGCCAUGGAUAACCAUCACAACAUUUUGUUACAAUGAUAGUGAUAAACUCAUAUCAUUAUCAUUGUUUCUAUAUUUCCGUUGAUUGGGGAGUCAGUAACUAGAGAACAUUUGUAUAAGAUAGCCACAAGUUGAGUGAAAGGAGAGUGGUUGGGAUGUGGAAUGCCUUGCUGAGCAGGAUGGUGGAAGCGCAGUCCAUUGUAGCUUACAAGAGAGAACUAGAAAGGGACAUGAGAGGGCUUGAAGGGGUAUGGGCAAAAGGUGUGGUGGUGGGACAGAAAUGAUCUCCUUCCUCUGGGAGCCAGUGAGAACUUAAUGGGGUGAAUGGCAUCCUUGUGCUCUGUAGAUUUCUAUGUUUUUAUGUAACAUUUUGUAACAUGAUCCAUGUGUUAACUGACAUUUCAUACCCCAUUGCUUGUGAUAACUGUCACAUGUUCCCUAAUGUGUCCCCUGUGAAUGCAUUGUGAAACGUUGCAAAUUUUA